AUGGCGGCCCGGAGCGGGAGUGGGGAGCGGACCCGGAGGCGGCCUGGGGCCCGGCUCCAGGUUCAAUCCCAAACCGGCGACGGUGGCUUGUGCCGGGGCUGCCUGAGCCGUACGUUGCCCGAGGCCGGGAUAGGCCUGAGCCUCGGCCUCGCCUGCCCGCUGUGCCGCCGUCGCUGCCGUGCCGCUCAGGCAGCUGGAGCCGUGUCCCCCGCCGCUGGGGCCGGGCCGCUCUGGCAGCAGCAGCCGAGCCGUCGGAGGAAGCAGCAGCCGGGACGGAGAAGGAGGAGGAGGAGACUGGGCGAGGAAGCGGAGGAGGAUACAGCGGCGGCGGGGCCUGAUCCCGAGCCAGUGUUCCGUGCUCCUCUGGUGCUGAGUAAAGCAGGUGAUGUCCGGGAAGAGCUUGAGAACCAACUCCGACAGUACGAGCCAGAGAAGGGGAGCUUGAAGGAAGAUGAUGAGUCGGUCACGGCGGAAAUAAUUCAGAUUAUUCUGGCUGAGGGGGAACACGAGAAGCAACAAAUGGAAAAAAAGAAAACAAUCAUGGAGCAGGUGAAGAGGGAUGAGGAGCUGGCAAGAAAAUGGGGUCAAGAUUUUGCUACUGACAACAUGUCUGAUUCAGAGAAUGAGGAGCCAGUGAAACAUAUGACUACGCGGCAAUGGGGUUUAGCAGCCAACAACAAGCUGAGUGCCAGUUCAUCUGGUCGAUUUGCAAGUGUGCUGAGCAUCGAGGAGGAGAAUCGAAGUUGGAGCACACCAGUAGAAAACAACCAGACCCGAAGAGGGACACCUCGCAGUGACAGCAGAACCAAGACAGCUUUGGUUUCUGCAGGUUCCCUCAUUACCAACAAUGUUAUCAACGUUCUGUCAUCCUCUGAAAACAGUCGCUCCAACUCUGCCCCAAACCUGAGCUCGGAAAAACGCUCUGCAAAUGACCCAGUGCCAUCAUGCCCAGCCAAGAGGGAGCGGUCAGCCAGCCCCGACAGCAAUGACAGUAUCUCCGGGGAAUUCAAUCACUUCAAGCCCAUCAGCUGUUCACCCUGCACCCCUCCGAAGAAGCUGCCAGAUGGCAGGGUCAUGAAACCCAAGAUUGUCAAAUCGACACCCCGAAACCUCGGCUGUGGUUUCUACAAGCCAGCUGCCGCCACCACCACUUAUGACGUGAACCCCAAUCUCCUACAGAAGUGGGGCCAGAUUCUGCAGGAGCGCCAUGAAGAGAUGGUAGCCUCCAAGGGCACCCUGAUUUCGGAGGAUGAGGGUGAGGAUGCUGCUGGCAGGCUGGGGGAAUGGAGCGAGAUUGUUGGGAUGGAAUUAUCUUCAGCUUCGUGCUCCCCUGGCCUUCAUAAGGUUGAAUGCUUAGAUUUGCAAAACUCUGCCGGCUGCAUGGACUGCUCAGAGUCUGGCACAAUGCCAGAAACCUACCAGGUGGUUUCUGAGGGUCGGAGCAGCCACGUGGAGCUGAUCCCAACCCAACAAGCCACUGUGGAGCAGGGCAAUGGAUCUCUGCACAAUAUCAGCACGUCAUCUUCUAGCCACAUGGGGGCGAAGCAAAGCAGCGGACCCAUCAGUGGCAGCAGCAGCAGAUCAAAACAUUCAUCCUCCCAUGGCAAGAAGAGGCGCCACAAGACCAAGCACACAGCGGAGUCAAGGACCAAACGGGCAAAGUGGAACAUCAACAAUGGUGACAUGAUGUCUGCCAGCAGCCUGGAUCAUAACCAACAGGAAGAGGAAGACAGAAGGCUAACAGCCAGGCUCCAGCGACGGCUUGAUGCUGAGCGGACCGCAGUUAACCGACAGAAAGGCAGCGAGGAUGGUUACCCGCUGCGGACAAAGACCAACUGUAAAACAAAGUAGCUCUGGGAUGGUUAUCAUCCCCUCUCAGCUCUGCUCUGCCCAGGGAUCUCUACCUGUUGCUUCCAGUCUGUGUGAUGUGCGGCCCAUACAGGAAUAAUACAGUCCUUCACUUCAUGCUGGCUUUUUUUUGGUCUUGAUCCUUUGCCGGUGCAGAAUUGCUGACUUUAAUUUCACUAUCUGAGAUCCCCCUUCUCCCUGAGCCCCAGAGAAAUUUAAUCCAUCAGCCAGUGGUUGGAUGUAGCCUUAAUGCUUCCUUUUUAUCACAAGAGCUGUAUGCAGUUAUUGACAAUCCGUGUUUGUGAUUCCUUCUUUCUGGGCCAGCUCCUGAUGUGCUGCAGAAAUAGCUGAUCAGGGCCUUUACUGAGGUUCUGUAUGAAGCAGAUAAUCAUCAUGCUCACCCCCUCUGAUCCUGGGCCGUGUUGGAUCCACAUUGUUGUGAGUGAAUGUGUUGCAAGGAGCCUAGAUUAAUUCCCAUUUCAGGUUUCGUAUGUGCAAGUUAGCUUGUCUUAAUCUUUUUUUUUAUUGAAAGGGGAAUCAUUUCUCAGGUUGGAAGAGGGAUGAUAGCAAGAAAAUUUCUCUUCUUCCCUUAUUAGUGCUUUCCCCUUAGUGUUUCAUCUCUGUCAGUGCAUGUGCCUGAUUUGAGCAAUGUAUCAGAGUUGCUCUGGGUCCCCUCUGUCCAUUCGUUGAUGUGCAUCCUUCCACCAACCAGCAACUUGUGCCAGGCUUUUGUAUCCAUGUCCUGCCUUUCUCCCACAGACACCUGACAUGCUUCUGUGUCCCAAAGCAGAGGAAUUUUUUUUAUUCACCUAGUUUCACUGGAGCUGAUGAACAGAUGAAAUUGACAGUCAGGGAAAUGACUGCCAAGACCAUCAGAAGUCUGCCAUAUAUUGCAUGAUGACCACAGGAAAGAGGUUUAGCAUUUUCCACCCCAACUUCCAUCGCUGUUCCCAACCCGAGAGAAAGGUGUCAGAUGAUGUAGCGCGUGAACAGCAUUUUCCACUAACUCGCUCCUAAUAGGUGGCUGGGGCUAUACCAGGGCUGAAACGUAACUGGAGGUUAGGGUAAGCCAGCAUCCCGAACUCCCGUCUAAUCCUAAUGCCUCCACUGAAAGUUGUUAAAUCACCAUUUUGAGUAAAGAAUUUAUUUUCUUAAUUUUGUUGUAAAUUUUGUACCUUCAGAAAUUCCUUUCAGCCAGCUGAUAAUUCUUGGCUUUUUCCAGCUCACUUUAUCUGUGCUGUGUAAUAUUUCAGCCUAAUCAAUACUUGCCAUGCUUAUGGAAAGCCAUCAGCAUUCUUUGUUGUUUUUGAAAGUGUUGCGACUUAUUAAACUUGCAGAUAAAGAAACCUGACACGCAUGUGCAUGCACACACACAUGUACGUGUACAUAUAUACAUGUUGAGCUGUCACCACUGUUGAACACUUAGCUUCUUUUGGGCAGUAGAUACUUAGAUGCAGAGCUCAACUUCCUGUGAUCUGGCCUCCUAACUUGCAAUCCAGUACCCAGACUAGCCGAAAUGUCAACUUGCCUGCACCUCUGCUGCCUGGCCUGCUGUUCCUCCACCUCCACACUCUGUUGUCUCUGACUCCAGCAUCUGCAGUUAUUGCUAUCUCUAGUUAUUGUCCCCAUCUUGUCUGUGAAAUAGGAGGGUCAGAUUUCACUGAAAGCAGGUCGUCUUGGUUGGGGCUAUGAAGAAAGGGAGCCUUUUCCCUUGUUGCACCUGCCUUAAAGAGACUGCUUACUCCAUCUCCCUGAUGCAGGUAUGGUGUGCAAGGUUUUGCAGCAUCUGUUAUCACUAUUCCACCUUGCUUUCAUACUCGAGCAUUGUGCUGUUGUGUGAAAUUGGAGCUUUUAAAGAAAAGAAUAUUGGUUUUGACACUUUGGCAAUCAAACAGUUUCAAGAGCUCCCCAACUUUUACUGACCCUUUCCUCCUUCUGUUGCAGAAUGUGGGUUAUUGUAGAAUAGGAACUAAACAAGGAACAACUUGGAAAUCACAAAUUGUUACUGUGCAGAGGGAAGGGUAAAAGUUUAGUCCAUCGCGUCUACACUGACUCUCUCAGCAUUUUGACUUAGUGCCAACCUCCUGCAUGUUUCCUCUAAACCUGCAUUAUUUACAUGGAAACAAUCACCCACUAUCUCCUUGAAUGUCUUGGUUGAAGCAGCCUCUUCCAAGCAGUGCAUUCCAGAACCUAUAAGUGCUCAAAGAGUCAACUGUUGUCAUUCUUGGUUCCAGCAGCUAGUUGGAGAGACUAAAUGGCCAGUGCCUUCUGUGGGGAAGUGUAUGAUCACUCACUGCUGUGUUGCACCUGUAUCAAUUCUCUGGGGAAAAACAUAGUAGGAGCAAGAGUUCAGAAAGAGAACCUAGAAGGAACCAGAUCAACUGGGUGGUAGAAUCCAUGACUUAUUCUGUAGAAUUACAUCGACUUCACAGAACAGAGACCAGCAGGUUUAUGGCUCACGUAAGCUGCCUUCCGCCCUACUUUACCCUUUCCCUGCCUGCCUCUUGGAUACAAGUCUUGUUUACAGCCAAAUUGUUGUAUUGUGACAGGCCUAUUUAAAUGCAGUAAAUCUGAGUUUCGGAUUUCUUGUACUGGUUCCUAUACUGGUUUGGAAAUUACAAACAAGGGCUAAAUAUUUUUGUAAUCAUGUGGAAAAUAUGAAGACAUUUUCUAUAUGAAAAGAGUAUUGGAUUAAUGAAAGAAAAUGGACAUUUUGUUAAUAUACUUUAUACUAAACCCAGUAAAGCACUUAGGCUCAUCCUAACUUGUUUUAAAUUCUUUCACUGAGAAAUAUUUGUCAAAGAGAUAUAUAUUAAGGAUUUGAGUUUGUGGACAAGUAAUUUUCAGGAAAGCAGAAUGCACUCACAUAACCAAUAUUUGUACAGAUUGAACUUACCAUGCCUCGCCUUAAUAGACAUGAGUGCCAAAAGGAGUUGGAUUGAGGAGUGUGUUGGUGUGUGUGUGUGUUUGUUGGUGUGUGUGUGUGUAUGUGUAUGUGUAUAUGUAGAAAAAGACUGUCCAUAUUAUCUUGUUUUGUUUUUUUCGUGUUUGUCUCCAUUGUUCUAUGGCAAAUAAAUGAAAGUUCUGUCAUCUUCCCCAAUGGGUUACACAAGUUGGAGAUUAAUUAGUACUGCUGAGGAUUGUUACCUCUGUGGUAAAACACUGUGUUGGGGAAGCAUCUGUGUC